AUGGCCGCAGAGAGCCUCGUUGAACUCCGUGACUGGCUCUUCCUAAUUCUUCUGUGCUUGACAUUAGUGGUUGAGGUGCUGGAGUUUGCUGCAGCUACUGCUGCUGUCGCUGAAGCUCUAGGAGAGGCAGAGCUUCAGGGUGAUGUGCCAUGCCCCUCAGCAUGCAGGUGUGAUGAUGGCUUCAUUUACUGCAAUGACCGUGGCCUAAACAUAAUCCCACCGUUACCAUUAACUGCAGCUGUCCUCUACCUGCAGAACAACCGCAUUGAUAACGCUGGCCUACCAAAUUCAUUAGAGCGUCGAAUGACUGUCCGUGUGGUAUAUCUCUAUGACAAUGAACUAGAUGACUUUCCAACACACUUACCACCAUCGUUACGAGAACUUCACCUUCAGGACAACAACAUACGCACCUUGCCCAGAGCAGCCCUUGCCCGUCUACCUUUGCUGGAAAAGCUUCAUCUGGAUGAUAAUUCAAUUUCCACUGUCAGCAUUGAGGACAAGGCUUUUGCUAACAAUCCCCGGCUACGGCUUCUGUUUUUGUCACGCAACCAUCUCUCAAGUAUCCCGUCAGGGCUCCCAGCAUCACUUGAGGAGCUCCGACUGGAUGACAAUCGAAUUUCGACAAUCCCAACACAUGCAUUUCGGGGACUCUCCUCUCUCCGCCGCCUAUUCCUUGAUGGGAAUUUAUUGGCAAAUCAGCGCAUUGCAGAUGACACAUUCUCUCGGCUAUCUAAUUUGACAGAGCUCUCAUUGGUGCGCAACUCCCUCCAAGCUCCACCUCUGAACCUACCCAGCCUGCAUCUUCUUCGACUCUAUCUGCAGGACAACGCAAUGGCCCACAUGCCUCGGGGCUCCUUGGAUGGAAUGCAUAGGCUCCAGAAACUUGAUUUGUCAGGCAACAAUUUAACAACCCUUCCAAAGGGCUUAUUCAGGGACCUGGAUAGCCUCUCCCAGUUGCUAGUCCGGGGGAACCCCUGGUACUGUGGCUGCAAUCUCCGCUGGCUCCAUGACUGGCUGCAUAACCGGGGUUCAUCAGUAACUGUGCGGGGUUUAACUUGUCAUGCACCUGAGAAAGUUAAAGGAAGAACACUAAAGGACCUCACAAGUCAGAUGGAGCAAUGUGAGGUAACUGGGGAUGGUACUGGAGGGACAGUUGGUGGCGAUGGAGGUAAAAAAGACAGAGUUGGCCCUCCAACUGACACCCCUGCCACAACAACCCUUCCACUCCCCCAGGGUUCUCUCUUCACGCUCAGGUCCAAACGGCCAGGGCCUAGGUUCCCUGAUUUAGGACAGGAUUCACUAGGAGGAAGUGAGGGUCGGGCUCCAAGUAAAACACUUGUCCUAAAAGUAAAACCACUUACACCACAGACAAUUCACAUCACCUGGCAGACUGCUCAACCAGCUCCUUCUUUCAGGCUCUCUUGGCUACGACUGGGCAACAGUCCUGCAGUAGGGUCAAUCACAGAAACCUUGGUCCCAGGGGACCGACGCGAGUACUUGCUCACUCAUCUACAACCUCAGUCCAGCUACAUCAUCUGUAUGCUGCCUCUAUUUGUGAAUGAGGGAAAGAAUUCUGGUAUCACCUCCACAGGAGGUUUGAACUUAAACACAAACUCAGAGCAUGAGCAUCCUGCUUGUGCCAAAGCAGAGACAUCAGAUUCCACGGAACAGUCUGGUUCAGACCAAGAAGGGGUAGAUCAGGGAACAGACCAGCUAGCUGCUUUACCUCUAGCAGGGAUCAUAGGAGGGGCAACAGCCUUGGUUUCCUUAUUCCUGAUCUUUGGGAUCUUUUGCUGGUAUGGACAUAGAGCAGGUUACCUUACUGCAGGCGAUCAAUCCAUCUAUGGAAGGGGGGAUGUGGUUGGGUCCCGUAGUGGAGGAAAGCACUAUGAUGACUAUGUAGAGUCAGGCACCAUUAAAGACACUUCAAUUUUAGAGAUCAGGGGUCCUGGUUUCCAGAUGACACCUUUGUCAGCGCAUCAACCCCUGCAGCCCAAGGCAAAAGGCGAGGACAUGACUUACAUCCACACUAUCUUUCCCUCCAAUAAUACCAGCCUUUACAGAAGCACCCAUAACCAUACAGGCAACCCUGGGUAUGGGACCAACCGUGGAUACAGAGAUGGUGGAAUACCAGACAUAGAUUACUCUUACACAUGA